UGGUCUCUCUUUGCCCUUAGCCUCAUUAUUUAAAGCGCUUUCCACACCAUUGACGACUUCUUCAAUCUUUGGAUGCAUUGUCUGCAAUACAAUCGCCAUGGGAGACAAGUUUCUUGUUCUGGGUUUGUUUCUGUCUCUGGUUCUUGCAAGCUUCACUGAGGUUUCUUGUCAGUAUGAAGCCGUUGGAGAUGAAGGAAACAGAGGAUUGAGUAUGUUGGAUCUGAUCGAGCAUGAGUACCAAUCUGAUGUGGGUGGUCGUAAACAGCCGAAUCUUGAUGGUUUAGACAAAGACAAGGACAGUGAAGAUCAAACUGCGAAGAAGCAGAGUGAAACCCAACCAACCGGGCAGAAAAACACUACAGCGAGUGAGAAAACUAUUUCCUUGUCCUUGUUGGAUGAAUCCGAGGGUUCUCUCAAUGAUACAUAUGACAAGCCCUUGGAAACUAAAUCAACCGAGCAUGAAGCUACAGGAAGUGAAGGUGGUAUCGUUGAUCAAUUCGACCUUGAAUACCAAGCCCUUGUCAAUGGUCUUAAACAAACGGGUUCUGAUGAAGUCAAGACAGACAAGGAUGUGGAGGAACAGGUUUCAAAGAAAAGCAUGUUGGAUGAGAUCGAACUCGAAUACAAAGAAACUAUUAAUGGGCUUAAGCAGUCGACAGCUGAUGAAUCCAGCAAUGUCGGUGAGGAUGAAGAACUAUCUAAACUCAGGCUAAGUAUGUUGGAAGAGAUCGAACGAGAACACCAAGCCAGUAAGAAAUUGAAGAUAGAUGAUUUCACUGGAGGCAAGAAUGAUGAAGAACUAUCUGCAAAGAGAGCAAGUAUGCUGGACGAGAUCGAACGUGAAUACGAAGCCGCUGCAGCUGGUCUUAAAGAACUAAUGAUUGAUCUCAACCAAGGCAACGAUGGCGAAGAUCAAUCUGCAAAGAGACAGAGCAUGUUGGAAGAGAUUGAACGCGAAUACGAAGCUGCUGCAAAGGGUCUUGAGCAACUAAAGGCCGAUUUCAGUGGAGGCAACGAUGAUUCAGAACUAUCGGCGAAGAGGAUAAGUAUGUUGGAUGAGAUUGAACGCGAAUAUGAAGCUGCAGCAAGCAGUCUUGAGAAACUGAAGGUUGAUUUCUCAGAAAGCAAGGGCGAUGAUGAAGAACAAUCUGCGAAGAGACAGAGUAUGUUGGAAGAGAUUGAACGGGAAUACGAAGCCGCUGCAAGUAGUCUUGAACACCUGAGGGCUGAUUUCUCCGAAAACAAAGACGGUGAAGAACAAUCUGCAAAGAGACAGAGCAUGUUGGAUGAGAUAGAACGUGAAUAUGAAGCUGCUGCAAAGGGUAUUCACCAACUGAAGGUUGAUUUCACCGAAGGCAAGGAUGAUUCAGAACAGUCGGCGAAGAGACAAAGCAUGUUGGAUGAGAUUGAACGUGAAUACGAAGAAGCUGCAAAGAGUCUUCAUCAACUAAGGGUUGAUUUCACAGAGGGCAAGGAUGAUGAAGAACAAUCUGCAAAGACGAAAAGCAUGUUGGAUGAGAUCGAACGUGAAUAUGAAGAAGCUGCAAAGAGUCUUCACCAACUGAGAGUUGAUUUCACCGAGGGCAAAGACGAUGGAGAACAAUCUGCAAAGAGACAAAGCAUGUUGGAUGAGAUCGAACGUGAAUACGAAGAAGCUGCAAAGAAUCUGAAAGAACUAAGGGUAGAACUAAGCAAGGGUGGUGAAGAACAAGCUGCAAAGAGGCGAAGUAUGUUGGACGAGAUCGAACGUGAAUAUGAAGCCGCUGUCUCGGACGGUAAACCAACAACUGAACAAUCGGGGAAGAAACGGAGCGGAUCAAGCACAUUCGACUUCUUCGAGAUUGAACAAUCAGCCGGUGUCUGCGGGUGUUUUAACCAACACUCUCUUGGCGGUGGUCUCAAGGAAGACAAAGAAGCUUCGAUCGUGAUCCCGAGAACGAUAAACAUCGAUGAACUGAUCAAAGACGAUAUCUCGAUCCAGAGCUCGGAAUCUUCUUCCAAGACCACGGUUUCCAAGACAUCGAGCCUCACCACCUCGCUGAGUCAACUCGUCGAGAAUCACAAGAAUCCAAAGGUGGUGGUUCCGUCGAGAAUAGGCUCGAGCUUCGAGCUAUCUUCCACGGGUCAGACCGAGUCACUGAGAAAAACAGAAAGAACCGAAACCCUGAAGGCCAAGAUCAAGGCUCUUCGUGGUGUAACCGUCCAAGAACUCGUGACUCGGUCCGAGUUUAACGGGAUACUCGCCGCUGUAUCGAGUCUGGAGGAAUUAGACUCGGUAUCUGUCAGUUACAUCUCGCGGCUGGCGAGGUACAAGACGGUGAUCGAAGAAGGGAUCGAGGCUUCGAACCGAGUCCACAUGGCUCAGAGCCGAGCGAAAAUACUGAAAGAGAUGGCGAAGGAGAAGCAAGCGGUGGUGGAAACCGACAUCGAAUCUGCAAAGGGAUUAGCCCAGAAAGGUGACGAGCUGUACGUAAAGAUUGUAGCGAUAAAGAAGCUGCUGGCGAAGCUGGAGGCCGAGAAAGAGGCUGUGGACGCGAAAUUCCAAGAACUGGUGACCCGUCUGAUGCAUCUGAUGGAAGAAGCUUCGCAUGCGCAAGAAGAUUAUCAGGCGGCGUUUCGUAAGGCGAAGGAGGAAGAAGCUGCGCUGGAAUUUGCGCGGGAAGCUGCGGAAAACGCACAGAGGAUUUGGUUGCUUUUUCUUGACUCACUUUGAAGAAGGAGAAGAAGAAGAGGUAGAGGGAGGAUUGGGUUUGGACCGAAGUGUUGUCGCCAUGGAAGCUAAGGUCGUUCUGCUUUUGUUAGCUUAUGUUGUCGUGUUCUUUGUCAGACUUUGUGUGGAGUUCAUGACGCGAGGGAGGGAAGGGGAGAGGCUUGUGAAAUAAACACGGUUUCGAACGUUUAAUAAAAAAAAAAAGGGGAAGCUUGAGCGCUCUGGCGAUGUUUUUAAUUAUUAUUAAUUUAAUUUUAUGGUAUAUUUUGAA